AUGGAUGCAGGCUUCAUACGUCCGUGUCAGUAUCCAGACUGGGUAGCUAACGUAGUCCUGGUACCCAAGCCCAAUGGGACGUGGAGGAUGUGUGUUGAUUACACCGAUCUCAAUAAAGCUUGCCCUAAAGACAGUUUCCCACUGCCAAAAAUAGACCGACUCGUCGACUCAACAGCCGGACAUGCCAUGAUGAGCUUCAUGGACGCCUACUCCGGAUUUCACCAAAUCCCAUUAUGGCCCGAAGAUCAGGAGAAGACGUCAUUCGUCACGGAACAAGGAUUGUACUGCUACAAAGCGUCAAACAACGAGGCUGAAUACGAAGCCCUGAUAGGUGGAAUUCAGAUGAGCAGAGCCGCAGGGGCAACAGACGUCCUGGUUUUGUCUGACUCGCAGUUAAUCGUCAGUCAGGUCAAAGGGGAAUAUGAGGCCAAGGAUGAGGCCAUGAUAAAAUAUUUGGAAAGAGUCCGUCAAGAAGUUCAACAGCUGUCUAACUUUGAAGUACAACACAUACCCCGGUCUGAAAAUAACAAGGCAGACGCUUUAUCCAAACUGGCAAGCUCAGCGUCCUGCGACACGCCACGUCAUGUAUUCUGGGAGCCGGUCUUGCUGGGAAAUCCUUAUGGAAAGUAUGUUAUCAAAUUCCUCGGAGAAAUGCAAACUAACGCUCUCCCAAAAGACUAG